AAGGAUGAGAAAGUCCGUGUCUCUGUUCUGCUUCUGGAGCAUCUAUUGUUGCUUUGCGGCGGGAAGCCACACACCCAUGGGUCCCGAGGGACAGCUGGAAGAUGAGCCUCACAAAUCCAAGGAGGUACAAGAUGCCACUAAACCCUCGGUGAGGUUUAACCUCCGCACCUCUAAGGACCCAGAACACGAAGGAUGCUACCUUUCCCUUGGCCACAACCGAGUCUUAGAAGACUGUGGUUUCAACAUGACAGCCAAAACCUUUUUCAUCAUUCACGGAUGGACGAUGAGUGGCAUACUUGAAAACUGGCUGCACAAACUUGUAUCAGCCCUGCAGAUGAGAGAGAAAGAUGCCAACGUAGUGGUGGUUGACUGGCUGCCCCUGGCUCACCAGCUGUACACAGAUGCAGUCAAUAACACCAGAGUGGUGGGACACAACGUGGCAAGGAUGCUUGACUGGCUACAGGGGGAGGAUGACUUUUCUCUCGGGAACGUUCACUUAAUUGGCUAUAGCCUUGGAGCACAUGUGGCUGGGUAUGCUGGCAACUUCGUGAAAGGAACAGUGGGCAGGAUCACAGGUCUGGAUCCUGCCGGGCCCAUGUUUGAGGGGGCAGACAUCAACAAGAGGCUGUCCCCUGAUGAUGCAGACUUUGUGGAUGUCCUGCACACUUACACACGUUCCUUCGGUUUGAGUAUUGGGAUUCAGAUGCCUGUGGGCCACAUCGACAUCUACCCCAAUGGGGGUGACUUCCAGCCGGGCUGUGGAUUCAACGAUGUCUUGGGUUCGAUUGCGUAUGGGACAAUCACGGAGGUGGUGAAAUGUGAGCACGAGAGAGCUGUACACCUCUUUGUCGACUCCCUGGUGAAUCAGGACAAGCCAAGCUUUGCCUUCCAGUGCACAGACUCCAACCGCUUCAAGAAGGGAAUCUGUCUCAGCUGCAGGAAGAAUCGUUGUAACAGCAUUGGCUACAAUGUGAAAAAAAUGAGAAACAAGAGGAACACCAAGAUGUACCUAAAGACUCGGGCGGGCAUGCCUUUCAGAGUUUACCACUAUCAGAUGAAGGUCCACAUUUUCAGUUAUAAGAACAAGGGAGAGCUCCAGCCCACUUUCUACGUCACUCUGUACGGCACCAAUGCAGACUCCCAGAUUCUGCCUCUGGAAGUAGUGGAGCAGAUAGAGUUGAAUGCCACCAACACCUUCCUGGUCUACACAGAGGAGGACUUAGGUGACCUCUUGAAGAUCAAACUCACCUGGGAGCGGACAUCUCAGUCCUGGUAUAGCCUGUGGAAAGAGCUUCGCAGCUACCUGUCUCAGCCCAGCAACCCCUCCAGGGAGCUGCAUAUCCGACGCAUUCGUGUCAAGUCUGGGGAGACCCAGCGGAAAUUGACAUUUUGUGCAGAAGACCCCGAGAACACCAGCAUCUCCCCUGGCCAAGAGCUCUGGUUUCACAAGUGUCGCGAAGGCUGGAGAAUGAAAAACGAAACCAGUCCCACUGUGGAGCUGGCCUGAGGGGGCCAGGAAGUCCUGCAGCAUGCACUCCAAUCCUGCUGUCCACGCACAUGGAGGAAAGUUACUGCUGAGACCCACCCGAUGAAAGACCCCUCUUGGUCCUGACCCUGGAGCCCCAGGAAGAGCUUGCUGACUGGGCACCCCUUUAUCCCCUAUGGCAACUACAACUGUAACUUCUCAGGAAGGGACUGUCAUUGCUGAAGCUCCAGUUGCCACUUUGGACCACUCUAACUCCAACCUUGGUUGACACCUCCAGAUUUGUGUGUGUGUGCCAGAAGGCAGGGCAUCCAUGCACACUGGGUGGAUCUCUCCCUUUCUGGGGAUCCUGAUCCUUGCCUGGAAGUGGACACUGGCUCUGAAGUGGCUCUGUGUGGGAGAUGGGCAGUGGCUCAGCUUUACUUGUGUCUCAG